AUGGCGGGGAAGGGAAGAGGUUGCCGCCCAAGAAAGAUAAAACGAGGACGCCCAAGAAAAGGCGAAGCUCUGCCGGCUGAAACUCCUCAGGCAGGCUCGAUCUCCUGCGAUGAUAAAGGCGAAGCUCUGCCGGCUGAAACUCCUCAGGCAGGCUCGAUCUCCUUCGAUGAUAAAGGCGAAGCUCUGCCGGCUGAAACUUCUCAAGCAGGCUCGAUAUCCUUAGAUGAUUCUGCGGAUGAGGACUUCUCACCAUUCUCAAGACCUUCCAGAUAUCCAACGAGAUAUUCGAGAGAAGCCCGUGCUCGAUCUGCUUCGUUGCAUACUCUAGUGAGAAACUCGGUGCAAAAUGUAACCGGAAAAACUCGCCAACUGUCUAGCUUAGAGCCGGAACUCGAUGUACUGAAUAAAACUCAUGAAAAGAGACCCUCAGCAAAUGAACACAAUGUGGCUCCGAAACGGCCUCGUGAAGAUCAAGUCUUUGCAUUUUCCCCAAGAUCAAUUCGUUCUUCAUUGAGGAAGCCACUUCGAAAUGUGUCGAGAGCUACUCGUGACUCAUCUAUCUUGAACCCGGAAGUCUCUGUUCUGAAUGAAACUACUCGUGACUCAUCUAUCUUGAACCCGGAAUUCUCUGUUCUGAAUGAAACUGGUCAAGAGCCACCUCCACAAAAUGAAGAAAAUGCAAUGCCGGAGCUGAAUUGUACUUCACAACCGUCCCAUGAAGAUCUAGACUCCCACACUCCAGCUGGAUCGUCAAGACAACCGAGUCCAGUGAACUACAGCCCACAGCACUACCUUACCGACAACACCAAAACAAACACCGACCACUCCAUUUCGGCUGCAUCCAUUGACUGCUCUGCUCUUCACAACAGCAAGCACUCCUCGAUCGAUGUCGACAAGUUCAUCCUUGCCAACGAACUUUCGAUCAAGGAAAAGGGCUCGCAGGAAAAGAGCACCGCCAGCAACCAUAGCUUCAACGUGACGGAAUUUGCCAGGAGGCUCCAUGAAGAUGCUGAGGACGACCCGGAAGAGGAGGUCGAAUCCUGCAUCGAGCCUGGCUUCGAGCUCGUGCGUGGCCACAAGGUCAGGACCGAAACCGUGCCCCUAGUCAAGAGCAUAUUCGAAAGACACGGGGAUAUCACGAGCGGGAGCCACAUGGAGUCCCCCAUCUCCAUCUCCAACUCCCUCGAGCAGCUAUGUGGGGUGUGUGCGAGGCUGCAGCGGGCGAGGUUCGUGGAGCUCAGGGGCAUUGAGUUGGAGUCUAUGCUGGCGGACGUGCGGGAUGUCGAGCGAGCGGGGCUGAGGGUCGUGUGGCUGAGGGAAAGGCUGGAGUUCAUCUCACGCGCGUGCACGGACUACAAUCAGUAUAUCCGUCUAAAGGAGUUGGUGAAGGAAUACGACGUGUCCAUAGGUGGGCUGGAGAAGGAGCUGAACACGUGCAGACAGCAGCAUUUGGAGAUGGGGAGAAAAAUCACCUGUUUGGAGGAUGAGCUGGCGGCCAAGCGUGAGAGGAGUGAGAUGGUGAGGAGUGCAGUUGUGAGUACUAGUAGUAGGGUUAAGAGUCUAGUGAAUCAGAAUUUGGUAGAUGGGCUUCUUUAG